AUGUCCUCACCCACUCCUGCCUACGGAAGAAAGAAGAAAUCCACCAAUCAAACUAUCGAAGAAGAUCCCGACUCUAUUAAAAUCUUCAACCAACUAAAAACUACAAACUCUUCCUAUCAGCAAAUAUUGAAUAGAGUUUCAACAUUACACCAAUCGCCAUUUACCUGGGCAAGGAAUUUGGGAAAUGUUGAUUAUUGUACAGCUAUAGAGCCUUCCUGUGAUGCUAAUUAUUCAUCAGAGGCUUCUUGUAUUUCAUGUUCAUCACAAUUAAUUAAUAAUAAUAAUAUGAUGACGAUGAUGAAUACUACAUCAUCAUCAAUAGGUGGAAAUUCAUCGGAUUUUAUAAACAGUUGUAUUGAAAGAUUGGAGAAGGGAAUUCCUUUGAGAGAAAUUGAAAUUAAACAAUUAUGUAUCAAGGCACAGGAAGUUUUGAUGAAUGAAAGUAAUAUUGUGAGAGUUUCAUCUCCUGUUACAGUUGUUGGAGACAUUCACGGUCAAUUUUGGGAUGUAAUUGAAAUGUUUAGAGUUGGAGGACCUUUACCGAAUACUAAUUACUUGUUUUUGGGAGAUUAUGUGGAUAGAGGAAAACACUCUGUAUUGACAAUGAGUUUACUGCUGUGUUAUAAAUUAAAGUGGCCACAAAGGAUUACUCUAUUGAGAGGUAAUCAUGAAACUAGAGGAAUUUCUAGAACUUAUGGUUUUUAUAAGGAAUGUAUGGAAUAUUAUGGAAGUCCAAAUACUUGGAAUUAUUUUACUGAUCUUUUUGAUUAUUUAACAGUGGCUGCAUUGGUGGAUGAAAAGAUUUUCUGUGUACAUGGUGGACUUUCUCCUGCAAUUACCUCUCUGGAUCAGAUAAGAGUUUUGGAUAGAUUUGGAGAACCUGGAAUGGAGGGUCCACUUGUGGAUUUAUUGUGGUCUGAUCCAGAUCCAGAUCGUGAAGGAUUCGGAACUAAUAAUUCAAGAGGGGCUGGCUAUUUAUUCGGAGGUGAUAUUGUUAAAAAGUUCCUCCAUUUCAAUAGUGCCAUUCACAUGUGCAGAGCUCACCAAUUGUGUGAUGCUGGCUAUCGAUUACUCUUCGAUGAUAGACUCAGUACAGUGUGGAGCGCACCAAAUUACUGUUAUCGAUGUGGUAAUAAGGCAUCAGUUCUGGAAAUUGACCAGGAAUUGAACAUGUUUUUCAAUAUAUUUGAAGAUGCUCCUUCACACGCAAGAGAAUGCACUGUGGAUAGUAAACUCCACAAGAGUACAAUGAAACUCAUCAAGCCAAAGAAUGGCAAUGGAGAUUUCAAAGUGGCAACCUCUAUCAAUGGUGGUGAUGAGUCCAGUUUUGAUGUUUCUCAAUAUUUCCUUUAA